CAGGUCGCUGAGGGAGGCGGGCUCUUCCUGUUUCAUGGCGCCACAGUGUACACUCUCUGUGUAUUGCGGGUCCCCAGCUGACUAGAGCACCUUCUGUAACUUCUACUGGCUUCAGGCUGCAUUUGAAGGAUCCUGGGAGACCGUCAAGCCGCGCAAUGGAAACAGUGGCCUUUGAGGAUGUGGCUGUGAACUUUAGCAUGGAAGAGUGGGCUUUGCUGAAUUCAUCCCAAAAGAAGCUCUACAGAGAUGUGAUGUGGGAAACAUUUAUGAAUAUAACUGCUGUAGGAAGAACCCGGGAGAACCAAAUAAUUGAAGAAAAGGCCACAUAUUUCUCAAGAAAAUUAAGAUGUGAAGAAGUAGGGCAAUGCUAUCAGUAUGAAACUUGGAAUCAGCAAGAAGAAAUAGUCCUUUGGACUCCAGAUGCCAAUGUGAACAUGCAGCAAGCUGCUUUCAAACCAGCGGAGAGCCUUUCUGGUAGAAAGCCCCAGAUUGAUCAUUUGUCACUGACUGUGCCCAUCGGAGCUCACACUGGACUGAAACCAUAUGAGUAUUUGGGAUUUGGAGAGAAGCUGUAUCAGUAUGGUGAAAAUGGAAAAGGCAGUGAUUUCCAGUCCUUUCAGAAGCAUUCAAAGGGGAAAACUGGAGAGAAACAAUAUCAAUAUGAACAACACGGGAGAACAUACUCUGAUAUUAGUGAAAGGACUCACCUUGCAGAGAAGACCUUUGUAGGUAAGAAGAGUCUGAAAUCUUCCAGUGUACCCAGUGGUGCGCGAAUCCAUGAUGGAAACUACAGUGAGGGUAAUCUACAUGUAGGCAAACAAUGUGGAAAAGCUUUUAUUUCUUCAUACUAUAUUGAAGUACCUAAAAGCAGAUAUGAUGGACAGCAAUCUUACGUAUCUAAGGAACAUACAAAAGCAUUAGCUCAUCAGUUUUCCUUUCAUAGUCAUAAAACAGGUAACACUGUGGAGAAGCCCUAUGUAUGUAAUCAAUGUGGAAAAGCAUUCACCACACAGAGUUAUUGUAAAAUACAUGAAAGAAAUCACACAGGUGAGAAACCUUAUGUAUGCAAGCAAUGUGGGAAAGCAUUCUCUACGCAAAGUUAUUAUAAAAUACAUGAAAGAAUUCACACUGGUGAAAAACCUUAUGUAUGUAAGCAUUGUGGGAAAUCAUUCAUUACACUAAGUAACUGUAAACUACAUGAAAGAACUCACACUGGUGAGAAACCCUAUGUAUGUAAGCAAUGUGGGAAAGCCUUUACCACACAUAAUUAUUAUAAAAUACAUGAAAGAAGUCACACUGGGGAGAAACCUUAUGUAUGUAAGCAAUGUGGGAAAGCUUUCAGUAUACAAGGUGAUUGUAAAAUACACGAAAGAAUUCAUACUGGGGAGAAACCCUAUGAAUGUAAGCUGUGUGGGAAAGCCUUUACCACACAAACUUAUUAUAAAGUACAUGAAAGAAUUCACACUGGGGUGAAACCUUACGUAUGUAAGCAUUGUGGGAAAGCUUUCAGUACACACAGCUAUUGUAAAAUACAUGAAAGUAUUCACAGAGGUGAGAAACCCUACAAAUGUAAGCUAUGUGGAAAAGGAUUUACCACUAGGUUCUCAUUGAAUGGUCAUAAAAGAACUCACAUUGGUAAGAAACCCUAUGUGUGUAAGCAGUGUAAUAACGGAUUUUCUAAUCAGUGUUCAUUUUGUAGACAUAUACUGACAAAUACUGGGGAGAAACCCUAUGCGUGUAAGGAAUGUGGGAAAGCAUUUAGUACACACAGAUACUGUCAGAUACAUGAAAGAACUCACACAGGUGAGAAACCCUAUACAUGUAAGCAGUGUGGAAAAGGAUUGGCCACUAUGUCCUCAUUUCGUAUACACAGAAGAAUCCACACUGGUGAGAAACCCUAUGAAUGUAAACAAUGUGGGAAAGCAUUCACUUCACCAGGUUCUUAUAAACUACAUGAGAGAAAUCACACAGGAGAGAAACCCUAUGUAUGUCAGCAAUGUGGGAAAGCAUUCACUACACACAAUCACUAUAAAAUACAUGAAAGAAGUCACACUGGGGAGAAACCUUAUGUAUGUAAGCAGUGCGGGAAAGCUUUCAGUACACAAAGUUAUUGUAAAAUACAUGAAAGAAUUCAUACUGGCGAGAAACCAUAUGUAUGUAAGCAAUGUGGGAAAGCAUUCUCUACACGCAAAUAUAUCAAAAUACAUGAAAGAAGUCACACUGGGUAGCAACUGUAUGUAUGUGGGCAGUGUGCGAAAAGAUUUUGGUGGCAUAAAAGAAGUCAAACCAGGGAGUAACUAUGUAUGUAAGAAAUGGGAAAAUAUGUAGUUGACAAAGUAUCAAAUAUGUGAAGGACAUUACACUGGGGGGAAAUCAAAAAUUGUUCCAGAAAAUAUAUUCCCAGAUGGGAGCAUAUUCAUUUUGUGUUUUUUUAGUAAAUCACUUGUAACUGAACUAUGUGUCAGUAGUCUGCUAUAAAAAACUGAGUUGACAAAUAAUAUAUUUUUGUAACUGUGUGUCUUUUGAGGUUGACACAUAGGGUCUUUUAAUUAAAUAAGGUAGAUGAAAACACAAUGUUUCAGUGGGAUUUGUUUUUAUAUACUCUUCACAAUUGGGAAGUAAAAAAAAAUUUGUUAAUAUAUUGGGAUUUCCUACUAGCUUUGAUUUAAUUUGUUGUUGCAUGCAUUUUAUAUUUUGUGUAACAAAAAUAUGUUUGAGCUUGGUGUAAAUAUAUGUAUAUUUUUAUAUGCAUAUAUACAUAAGGAGAGAGAGAGAGACUCACUUGUGAACAUGUGUUUUGGACAAAAUUCAGUUGUUUUCAUACAGCUAGUAGAGAAGCAAAACAUUAUUUUCAUAUCCUGACAAGAUAGCUGCAUUAUCCCAAUAUAAUUGUAUAUUAUAUCAAGUACAUAAUUUUGAUUAUUCCAGUUAUGUUUAAGGCAAUAUUACCAUUUACCUACAUUGUUAAUGUUUUCUCAUCAAAUUUUACUUUUCUUGAUCGCAUUGUGAUGACUUGAAAUUUUGUGGCAAUUUUUCCACUACUUGAACCAAAACAUAAACCAUACUGCCGUGAAAUUCUGAUUGCUACAAAUCAAGAUCACAACUUGUCUCUAAAAGGACGUUAUAAAUUGUAGUAAUAAAUCUCCAAAAAGCAUAAUAGUGAUAUGAUUUACCAGUAACAAUAUUUUCAAAGGAAUUUUGUUGGCAGUAGAGUUGUUUGAGCGGGAAAAUGAUUGUCAUUGGAUGUAAUGAGGCAAAUUCCUUUAUUCCCUGAUAUCAUGAGUGAUAUUGUUUUUGUUAAUCAGUAUUGCUUUUAUCUAAGAAGGUGAAAUGAAGGAAAAUAAACAUUCUGUUUAGUAAAAAGGGGAAGUUUACUAAUACAUGA